AUGGAGUGCAGAUUUAGGACUCCUUCAAGAUCUAACAGCUCCAGCAGCACCAAUGCCCAUGUACUGCUUCUGCCAUUCCCUUCACAAGGCCAUGUUGCGCCCUUCAUGAAGCUGUCACACAAACUUACUGAUCUUGGUAUCAAUGUCACUCUUAUGAUCACUGAAUUCAUACAUAAAAGGAUGAUUACUGAGCUCACUCUGCCACGGCCAGGUGAGGAAGUGCAUCCUAUAGGGAUAGUCGCUGUCCCAGAUGGACUCGGACCUGAGGACAAUAGAGGAGAUGUCAAUAAACUAUCCGAAAGUUUCUUCAGAAUCUUGCCUGGUCAUAUGGAAGAUUUGAUCAACAAGGUCAGUCAAUCUGAUGGUGAUGCAAAAGUUACAUGUGUCAUAGCAGAUCCAGUUAUGGUAAGCGCAUUAGAAGUCGCUGAUAAGAUGAGAAUAAAGAAAGCUACAUUUUUCACUUCAUCACCAGGAGUCUUGACCAUGAUACUACAGCUUCCAAAGCUCAUUGAAGCCGGCAUCAUCAACACGAAAGGUACUGCAACAAAGAAUGAGAAGAUUCAGCUGUCACCAACCCUGCCACCACUAAGCGAUGCUGAGUUCAUAUGGAAGUGUCCUGAAUACAAGUCCAUGGAAGAAAUUGUUUUUCAAUGUACACUUUCUAUCGACCAGAAUAUGAGAACUUCCAACUGGAUUCUCUGCAACUGGUUUAACGAGCUCGAUCCCUCAGUCGAAUGUUUGAUCCCAAAUAUAUUAACUAUUGGUCCAUUGCUUGGUAAUGGGCGACCGACGGGGAACUUUUGGCCUCAAGACUUAACUUGCUUGAGCUGGCUAGAUACACAAUCUCCAAACUCAGUCAUCUACGUUUCCUUUGGCAGCACAUCAAUCUUCAGUCAGCAGCAGUUUCAGGAGCUAGCGCUUGGCCUCGAACUUUCCGGUCGACCAUUUUUAUGGGUUGUCCGGGCAGACGCUACAGAUGGGGUCUCUCCCAAAUAUCCUGAGAUGUUCAUUGAAAAAGUAGGUAAUCUCGGAAAGAUUAUUGAAUGGGCUCCUCAAGAGAAGGUGCUGGCUCACCCUUCUGUUCUCUGUUUCUUUACUCAUUGUGGUUGGAAUUCAACUAUUGAGGGUAUUAGUAUGGGAGUUCCUCUGCUUUGUUGGCCUUAUCUCUCAGAUCAGUUUUACAACAGGAGCUGUGUAUGUGAUGGUUGGAAGGUUGGUUUGGGACUGGAUUAUGAUGACAAUGGAAUUAUCACUAGGCAUGAAAUAAAGAAGAAGUUGGAUGAAUUGAUUGGUAGUGAUGAUAUAAGAACAAAUGCUUUGAAGCUGAAGGAACAGGCUCAGAAUAAUCUUGUUGAAGGAGGGUCUUCUUGGAAAAAUUUAGAGCAGUUUGUUACACAAAUUAUGCUUUGA